CAGGUUGGUCCUGGAGCAGAUGAGCGCAGAAUAUUUAGGCGAGAGCGCGCGGAGGGGGGGAGCGCGGGGCAGGAGGAGUACCUCGGCCAGGAAAAUUAUGCAUGCGUUAGGGACGCUCUGAGAGAAUGGCUGUGGAAGCUCUCCACUGCGGUUUCAGUCCACGGGGUAUUGAUCGCCCUGCCUGUGCUGAAGGCAUUAAAUUGCAGAUUGAAGGUGAAGGUGUUGAAUCUCAAUCCAUUAAGAACAAAAGUUUCCAGAAGGUGCUUGACCAAAAAGGAACCCCCAAGCGACUGCAGGCAGAAGCAGAGACUGCUAAGGUUCUUCUGUCUCUUUUGACAUCCUUGGCCUCAAGCUCUGAUUUCUGUGUCCCCAGGAGGCAGCACAGUGCCUGGCAUUUAUCAGCUGCCGUGAAGCUGUCAAAACCAGUGGCUCUGUGGACUCAGCAGGAUGUCUGCAAGUGGUUGAAGAAACACUGUCCGAAUCAGUAUCAGAUCUACAGUGAGUCAUUCAAACAGCAUGACAUAACUGGGCGAGCCCUGCUGAGACUGACUGACAAGAAGCUUGAGCGGAUGGGGAUUGCCCAGGAGAACCUCCGGCAGCACAUCUUACAGCAGGUGCUGCAGCUGAAGGUGCGGGAAGAAGUCAGAAACCUCCAGUUGCUCACACAAGCCAAGCUAAAGGAUGCCUGGAGCACGCCCAGCUCUCCUAGGGAAACAAGCUUCUGAAGCUCUUCUUCCACGAGUCAAACAACUAACUUUAUGUCCCGUUUGCGGACAGUGGUGCACACCUACAUUGAUCAUGUUUGCUAAGCCUGUGUCAGUCUUUUUAGCCUGCUCAGCUCAGGGGAGAGUCAAGAUGUGUGGCCAGGCCCCAGAGCCUUUAAGUAGCAAUGAAAAGAUUUGCACUCAUCGAACGAGAAAAUGGCAUGCCUGACUGUCUGUCUGGAAGGAAGACCUUUCGCUCUAAUGUUGCAUGGCAGGCUGUGCUCAUGGCCCCCAAGACCAGCUCACACCUCAUUCCUGGGCAAGCGUUUUCCCCAUCUAACCUGAGCAGCAAAUGUGUCUGACAUGAAAGCAGGCUGCCCUCAGAUUGGGAAGUAAGGAGACCCCACAUUGGGGGCCAGUUAUGUUAACCUGAGUAGGUCGUGCUGCAUCUUACUGGCAGCUCUGAGAUGUGCCCUCAGUGCCUGAGAAACUGAAGGUGUGGAUGGUCUGCCAGAAGUAGCUUAUGUCUGAAGCCCUAGCAAGGGACGCAUCCUUUCUCCCCCUGACACCCUGUGUCCUCCUUCAUCUCCCUUCCACAUCUCCUCCAUCCUUGAGAACCCGAGUAUGCCAGUAGAGUGGCUGUGAAGGGAGUUGGGAUUACCCUGUAGAAACGGACUUUGAAUCCCCUAGGUAGAAAAUAUCACCAGUUGGGACCUACAAUCUGA